GUUUCAGCGCGGUUCGGGCUUGGUCAACCGAGCGCCUAUCUUUUCCACGAAGAGUCAGCGGCUCGUCGGCGCUCCACAUCUCAGGCCGACUGGGCCUUGGCCUUCGACCCAUCUGUAUUUGCCGAUGCCAGGGACGAACUUGAGCUGGGCGACUUUGAAAGCGAAAGUCACUUCGAAGACGGAGAGCAAGAGGAUAAAUAUAAUAGAUGGACGAAAAUGCCUUCCUCUCGGCCCCAGAUGGUCCGACGAAGGUUACCCGGAUUUCUCGAUGACCCAAAUGAACUCGCUCGCAGAUUUGAAUAAAGUUAUAUAA